ACUAAAUAGAUUUUCUUUUGCAAACUUCCUUUCAGCCUUUGCAUCAUCGGCAGUUCUGUAUAGUGCUUGAAACCAUGCAGAAUCUGACAGACCUCCCAGAGAACACGACAUCCAGCACGAACCUCUCUGUCAUUAUGAAGGUGUGUGUGGUGAUUCCGUUCUUCAUUGUCUUCCUGUUCUUCAUCCUCCUGACGCUGUGCACCUUUGCAUCUCACAGGCAGUUCUUUGACAGCUCCCGUUACAUCCUCUUCACUUACAUGCUGAUCAACGACAGCUUGCAGCUGCUCUCCUCUGUAUCCCUUUUCUUGCUAGUGAUGGGUAGUGUACAGUUUGCAAUCGUCUUCUGUGCUCCAUUGCUGUUUGUGUCCACUGCUACCUUUCUAAACACCCCACUCAUCCUUUGCACCAUGUCAUUGGAGCGUUAUGUGGCUAUUUUCUACCCGCUGCACCGUCCUGCCAUCUGGAAACCUGAAUGGAUUUGGAUCAUCAUUCUAAGCCUCUGGAUAAUCAGCUGCAUUCUGCCCACCGUUGACUUUGUCUUGAUGCGGCUCAAGCCGAACGUAGAUAUCCUUUCAACCCCUGUGCUCUGCAAAACUGUUGUGCUCAAUGCUUCUCCCAUUCAGGCUCUGUUCAAAGUCAGCCUCAAUGGGAUCUUCUUUGCAGUGGUUGCUGUGGUCAUCCUCUUCACCUACAUUCGGAUCCUGUUGGAGACCCGGCGGAUGCGGCAGGACCGGGUGUCAGUGAGGAAGGCUCUGCACACAGUGCUGCUUCAUGGGUUCCAGCUGCUCCUCAGCAUGAUGGCCUUCUCCCAGCCUGUCGCAGAACUCUUUUUUGUCCAGGGUGUAAACUUGUCACAAGCAGAUAUGUAUUUUAUCUACUUCUUCUGCUUCAUCCUGCUUCCCCGCUUUCUGAGCCCACUCAUUUAUGGCUUUAGAGAUGAGAGCCUCAGAAGCUAUAUGAAGAAAGUCACGCCUUGUUAUUGUGCACGAACUGACCGACACAAAGAAAUCACUAAAUAAAAUUAACUAAAAGAUCUAUCUAUCUAUCUAUCUAUCUAUCUAUCUAUCUAUCUAUCUAUCUAU